AUGGGUCUCUUCGGCAGACGCAACAAAGACACAACGGCGACAGCCACCAACGGUGGCCAUGAGAAGAGAGGUCAACGAUGGGGCUCCGACCGGACGCGUCGACCAAUGUUCGACAUGGACUCCGGCAACUUCAAUCGCAGACCAAGCUUUGGUCAAUGGCUCAAGUUCACAUGGGUCGAUAUCUUGACCAUGAUCGCCAUGGGCGCCGUCGGUCUCGGAGUCUACGAAGCAAACCCUGCCCCUAGCCGUUCUUUCCCAGUGACUUUCACCGAUGGAGAAAUCGUCUACCCUGAAUUCGCCUACCCGUUGCGCCAUGAAAUCGUGCCUAUCUGGCUCGCUGCCCUACUGGCCUCCAUAAUCCCGAUCUUCAUCAUCCUGUGCAUGCAAGUCCGCAUCCGCUCGUUCUGGGACUGCAAUAACGCUAUCCUCGGCCUCCUCUACUCUCUCAUUGGAGCGGCCGUCUUCCAAGUCUUUGUCAAGUGGUUGAUUGGUGGUCUCCGACCUCAUUUCCUGACUGUCUGCGAUCCAGACCCAGCCAAGGUCGCAGCCCAAGGCGGUCAGGGUUACCGUGGAAUCAUGUUCCAGCGAGACAUCUGCCGAGGAGACAUCAACCAGAUCAACGACUCGCUCGAGUCAAUGCCAUCUGGCCACAGCACGGCCGCCUGGGCCGGCUUUCUGUACCUCUACUUCUACCUCAAUGCCAAGAUGAAGAUCUUCAGCAACCACCACCCAGCGUUCUGGAAACUCAUUGCGCUCUACGCUCCCAUCCUCGGCGCGACUUUGAUUACUGGUGCACUGACUAUUGACGAGUUCCACAACUGGUAUGACUGUCUCGCUGGCGCCAUCAUCGGUUCCACCUUCGCCAUUUCCGCCUACCGCAUGGUGUAUGCUUCUGUCUGGGACUUCCGCUUCAACCACAUUCCCCUGACUCGACACACUCCCUUCACGUACGGCGCAGGUGCUGCCGGAGCUGGAGGAUUCGAAUCAACCGUGUUCACCCGACGAGCAGGAUGGGGCUAUGAAGAGGCUCUUGGCGGCGCUCCGUUCGACGCUGCGCACAGUCUACGUGGACAAGCAACUGGCUUCAACACGGGCGCCGGCGGUCUGCACAACGGGUUGGGACACAGACAAGACGACAUCGAGAACAACGCCGGCCUCGGUGACGAGCACAAGAACGGACGGAUGAACGAUCUUACAAAUGGUCCUUCUUCGAGAGGCGGCUUGACAAACCCUUCUGCGUCACCCACCGCAGAUGGUAGAUACCAUAACCACCGAAAGAGUAUGGAGCGUAAGGCCGUUCCUACUGCUGCUUGAACGUGCUGCCUGCACACACCAUGACGAAACCUUCCUAAUUGCGUGCGACGGAGCUGUACUAUUCCCGGCUGGAAGGGUAUGAUUAAUAUCAGCGAGGAGUAUUGAAUGGGUUGUUUUUCGACAGGGACAAGCAUCGUCCAACCUGGCAUUAGCAUAAAGCAUUUACCAUGUAC